AUGCUGGUCGCUGCGCUGACGUCUUCGCCCGCCCUUGUGGCUCCGGCCGUGGCGCCGCUCUUCGCCAAGCCGAAGCUGGCGCUCGCGCCGCACUCCGACGCGCUGCGCUUCGCGCGCAUGGAGGAGGCCGCCGCCGCGCCCGCCACCGAGGAGGCGGAGGAGGCGGAGGAGUCGCUUGGGCCGGUGGGCGCCCUCGUCGGCGACGUCGGCUUCGACCCGCUCGGUUUCACCGAGAUUCUGCCCCUGGCGUGGCUGCGCGAGGCUGAGAUCAAGCACUGCCGCACGGCGAUGCUGGCGACGUUUGGCUUCGCCUUCACCGACUUCUGGCACUUCCCGGGAUUCGACUACACCACGCUCGAGGCGCACGACGCCGUCAUUGCCCAGGGCGGCAUGAGCCAGCUGCUGCUGUGGAUCGGGCUGCUCGAGGUCUUCUCGGCAAUCUCGAUCGACCAGAUGCUGCGCGGCUCGGGCCGCGAGCCAGGCGACUACGGCUUCGACCCGCUCGGCUUCGCGUCCGACCCGGCCAAGAAGGCGGACCUCCAGAUGAAGGAGCUCGCAAACGGCCGGCUGGCCAUGUUCGCCUUUGGCGGCUUUGUCACCCAGUCCGUCCUGACCGGAAACACCUUCCCGUACCUCUUCGACUACCAGACCGCCGGCGACAUCGUCGCCAUCGCGGCGCAGGGCGCCUCUCCCUAGGUGGCCCGAGCCGCGGCCGGCGCCCGCCCCUUGGCAAGUCAAGCGGUUCGCGUGUGGGGGUUUGGCUUUGGGAAACGUCCCGUCUCCGCGCACUUUUCGGAGACGAGGGGCGGAUACAGCAGAGGGAAAUCUCAUGUUGGCUAGUGUGAUCUUUGUGACUGAAGCCAACUCAUAGAAAUACACAAUAUUUCAUCACAACCGAAGGU